AUGGUGAGAAGCGCGGACAGCGCCCCUCAGGCGCUGCUCUUCGCCGAGUUCGACAACCGGCUCGGCCGCACACUCUCGCUCCAGGAGCCGCCCGGCUACCUCUCCACCGCUGCCUUUGACGCCGUGUGCGACGUGCUCAUACCGAAGCCGCAGCUGAGCGCAACGCGCUCUUAUUCUCGCUCGCCCUCGUCCUCCGCCCGACCGCCGGAGCAGACGGCAGAGGCGGCGGUGGUGGCGAGGACUGUGCCAGCAGGCCACAUCCUGCCGGCGCUGCUGCACGGGCUGCGGCAGGAAGGAGGCUGCACGCUCGCGCUCGACUCGGGGCACACGAUGAGGCUCGAGCUGCCUCCGCCGCCCAGGCCUCCGCCUCCAAAGGUGGCCGAGCACCUUGUCCCGGCGCUGUUGGCGAGGCCGGACGCUCCCACGGCACUGCGACCCUAG